AUACGUGCCGAGCUUCAGAAGCGUUUUGCAGCUCUUAACCCUGGCUGGGCAGCAAGUGCAGGUGCUGUGGCCCCAGAUGGAGAUGUGUUUCUGGAAGACGAGCAGGUGCUGAACUUCAGAAUACCUGCAUGUGAUGCCUGUGGAGGUGUACUCAAACCUGAGGUGACGUUCUUUGGUGAUGUAGUGAACCGGACUACAGUUAAUUUUGUGCAUAAUAAGCUGGCCGAGUCUGAUGCUGUGCUUGUGGCUGGAUCUUCUCUUCAGGUUUUUUCAGGGUACCGCUUUCUUCUCGCUGCUAGUGAAAGAAAGCUUCCAAUAGCCAUUGUGAAUAUAGGACCCACGAGAGCUGAUCAUCUUACUGACAUCAGGGUGAGUGCACGUUGUGGAGAAGUGCUGCCGGCAAUUCAACUCUGAGAAAUGGACUCUUUUCCUUGAAGCUAUUCUGAACCUCAGCAUUCGCCUCGCCACAAGAUUACUGGAACAUAGAUUUGGUUUGGUUGUAGGCUGCUUACAUAAAACAACAGAUCUCUACCUCAAGUUACAGAAUUACUUUAACAUAUACACACAUUCUUUAGCUAGAGUUUGAAGUGCAAUACAGAAUACAGCAUUGGCAUUAAUGAGUUAAGCUUAAAUACUUCAAAAUGAUAAAGUAGGUUCAUAGGGACAACUGCAUUUCCCAUCUAGAAUUGACUCUCUGAAAAGUUACAGAGCUUCUCAAGAAUCAAUGUGGGAAACAGUAAUGGUAAUGAUGACAUUCUAAAUGAGCUGUAUGGAUUAUGACUUGUUUUAUUUACUAACAGAAGUUUGGUUAAAGAUGAAUGACUAUUUAAAUAUGUAUUUUCGAAUAUAUGUGAAUGUACUAGGAUGUUUUUAAAAUGUAUUGAAACACAUUAAAAAAUGUAA